UAAAUGAGAAUGGUGGGUGAGAACUCCUCUGUGGCAGAGUUUAUCCUCGCAGGCUUAACGGACCAGCCGGGACUCCAGCUGCCCCUCUUCUUCCUGUUUCUGGGCUUCUAUGUGGUCACCGUGGCAGGGAACCUGGGCUUGGUAACACUGAUUGGACUGAACUCUCACCUGCACACCCCCAUGUACUUUUUCCUCUACAAUUUGUCCUUCAUAGAUUUCUGCUGUUCCACUGUUAUCACCCCCAAAAUGCUGAUGGGUUUUGUCUCUAAGAAGAACACCAUCUCCUACACAGGGUGCAUGAGUCAGCUCUUCUUGUUUGUUUUUUGUGGUGUCUCUGAGUGCUUUAUCCUGUCAGCAAUGGCAUAUGACCGCUAUGUGGCCAUCUGUCACCCACUGGUGUACACAGCCACCAUGUCUCCCCUCGUCUGCUUGUGUCUCCUUUUGGGUGUCUAUGGAAUGGGGUUCUUGGGGACUGUGGCCCACACAGUGUGCAUGGUCAGACUGACCUUCUGUGCCGAUCACCUAGUUGACCACUACAUGUGUGACAUCCUGCCCCUUCUUGAACUCUCUUGCACCAGCACACAAGUGAAUGUGCUGGUGGUUUUCGUGGUUGCAGGCAUAAAUAUCAGUGUGCCCACUGUUACCAUCUUCAUUUCUUAUGCCCUGAUCCUCUCCAGCAUUCUCCACAUUCGUUCCACUGAGGGCAGGUUCAAAGCCUUCAGCACCUGUGGCUCCCACAUAAUUGCAGUUUCUCUUUUCUUUGGGUCUGCGGCAUUCAUGUAUCUCAAGCCAUCUUCUCUUCUACCCAUGAGCCAGGGGAAAGUGUCCUCCUUGUUCUAUACCACUGUGGUGCCCAUGCUGAACCCAUUAAUCUACAGCCUGAGGAACAGGGAUGUCCAAGCUGCUCUGAAGAGAACCUUGAGCAGAAUGUGGUUCUACUGGAGGAGGGGGAAAUCUUAGGGAAGGGACAUUCUUCCUUCCAUAGGUGAUGCGAGUUCCAGUGGUUACAUGGAGGAAAUGUUAACUCUUUCUCAAGCUAGUUUAUCCUUCCCAUUUUAAGCAUCUCU